GCCGGGCCCAGGCGGGGCCCCAUAAAGGCGGCGCCGGGCGCUCCGGGGCGCACCGUCCGCGCCGCCGCCAUGAGGACGCCGGGCGAGGUGCUGCGCGAGGGCGAGCUGGAGAAGCGCAGCGACAGCCUGUUCCAGCUGUGGAAGAAGAAGCGCGGCGUGCUCACGCCCGACCGCCUGCGCCUGUUCCCCGCCGGGCCCGGCGCGCGCCCCAAGGAGCUGCGCUUCCACUCCAUCCUCAAGGUGGACUGCGUGGAGCGCACCGGCAAGUACGUCUACUUCACCAUCGUCACCACCGACCGCAAGGAGAUCGACUUCCGCUGCGCGGGCGAGAGCUGCUGGAACGCGGCCAUCACGCUGGCGCUCAUCGACUUCCAGAACCGCCGCGCCCUGCAGGACUUCCGCAGCCGCCAGGAGCGCGCCGCGCCCGCCGCGCCCCCCGAGCCCCGGCCGGCCCGCGCGCCCUGAGCGCCGCCGCGGAGCCGCGCACUGGACGAGUCGGGCCGACGCGGGGCCGCGCCGCCGGCAGGAAACCCGGGGGGCGCCCGGGACUGCGGGGGACCUGGGCGGGCCGCCCGCCCACUGACCACAGUGAGGACAAAGGCCGGGAGCCGUGUCCCUGACCCACACGGAAGGAUCUUCCCACGCGGAGCCACAGAGCCUCGGCCCGCUGAGCGGGCGCCUUAAAUUAUCAGACUAUCUAUGUAUUUAUUUGGGUGGUUAUCAUGGAACUACCUGUCGUAAUAUUUCGUUUUUGCAUCAAUGUGUUCAUCCCAAAUAAACUGCUUGAUCUGUUCCCUUUUCUACCA